AUGGCAGUCGACCCAGCAAUUCUUGCCGUUUUCGGGCCGGUCCCCGCGGGCGUUGACCUUACGGAAAGUCAUGUUUCCGUAAACAAUGGAGCUGUCAUUGCAAUGCUCUGUUUAUCUGCGGUCGCUGUUAUUCUACGCUUUGUAGCUCGGGUGACCCUUCGGAAUGCACUCAUGGCUGAUGACUGGGCAAUCAUAGUAGCGCUGGCCUGCAUAGGUGCUACGACUGGUCUAAGUGUCGCAGGGAGCGGUACCGGUUCUGGACGACAUAUCUGGGCCGUCAGCUUGGAGGAACUCAUGCAAUUAUACAAAGUAAGCUUAGCCAUCUGCCAUCGAUGGAGAUUUUCCUGUGAAAGUGUUGAUUUUAAUGUUACCAUCGACCUGAUUCAGCUACUUUUCUCGUAUACCUUCCUCUACGCCUCCUCGUGCACUUGGACCAGGAUAUCCAUCCUCUUUUUCUACAGACGUAUCUUUUCACCCCUGGAGAUUUACUUAAAAAUGGCAUUGGCAGUUGCUGGAUUUCUCACAAUUUCAUAUCCAAUUGUCAUUUGGGUCACUAUGAGCACGGCCUGUAAGCCUGUCUCCCAUUUCUGGACACAGUUCAGUGGCACGGAGGGGAAAUGUAUCGACGUGAACAAAUUUUUCCUUGCCCUGGGGAUUAUCAAUAUGAUAAAUGAUAUUAUCAUUCUGGUAAUUCCAUUUCCGCGAAUCAUCCAACUGCAAAUGAGUACAAGGAAGAAGAUUGCCAUUUGUGCAAUUAUGGCUGUUGGGAUCUUGUUAGUUCCAUUCCUCGUUUCCUGUCUGUGCCUUCGAAAUACGAAGCUAACAAAUUCUCAAAGCGCCUGUGUUGCCAGUAUAGUGCGGAUUUACUAUCUCCAUGUGUUUUCAAACUCUAUUGAUGUCACUUGGCUUAUGGGUCCCGUAUUCAUCUGGUCUACAAUCGAGCCAUCAGUUGCAAUGGUUUGUGCUUGCCUGCCUCAUCUUGCUCCACUCGCUCGGCUUGCUCGACAAACGAUAUUCACCAGCCUUCAUUCGCACAAAUCAAAGACUGGAGACUCGGGGAGGCCACCCCACUCUCUCGCCAGAUCAGGCCAAGAACCUCAAAGGAAGAUCAUUUUUGGCAGCAGCGGAGUGAAAUUUGACUAUGGACUGGCUCAAAUGAAGAGAGAUGCUAAUGACGAUGAAAUUGGGCUCACUAAUUAUGUGACCUCUAACCCUAAUCAUACCAAGAAUUCCUCUGUUGAAUCUGUUUUGGAGGACUAUCAUCGUGACCAUACAAUCACAGUCCAGUCUAGUUUUGCCCAGGCAACAACGUCAAGACCACCUUCUUGA